AUGGAUAUAACAUUACUUCCACCCUCUCACAUCUUGACUCACCAUUCUCAUUUAGCACUACUGCCGUCAGCACUUCCCCUUGACUCCGCAAAUAGCAGUCAUCAUCCACAGCAGCAAGGACGAGAAAGGGUUCGUUCUCAUCAACGAAGAACGAUCAACCAUUAUUUACCUUUACCACCUAAAGAUGGAUCAUCCCCUUUCAGCUCAUUACCAACUGAGAUCAUCUUGAUUAUAUUAUCUCAAUUAGAUCUGAUGACCCUCCUAUCUUUACGCUCAGUAUCAAAUCGUUCGAACGGAUUAGUCUUAACUCCCGCGUUACAUAGAGAAUUGACUUUACACCACAUCCCUGUACCGCUACCAACGUUAUUAAAAGAGAACAUCUUACCUUCAAUACGUAAAUUGAACUUACACGUAUUUCCAUAUCCAACAAUAUCACCUAGAUUGGAUAUUUCCUUGGUACAUGGUAAUCGAUAUGGGUAUGGGUAUGGAUUUGGAUCUGGAUUUGGACUCGGCGGAAAAAGAAAGAAAAUUCAAAUUGAGAAUAAUACCAAGGUUGAUCAUCCGUCUUUAGCUUUAUUGGAAUUACUGAAAUAUGUCAGAUUAGACGAGCUGCUAGAAUUGAACAUCCCAUUCUCAUCAGCCUACUUGCCCUCAGAAGAAGUCGAUCUACUCUUAAGGAAAUUAGGAAACAAUAUUAGAAAAUUAGAUUUAAGAGCAAGCUCGUUGAUUGAUCAGGAAGAUGUUUCCGAGGGGAUAGAAAAUCCAUUUAAGAAAUUUAUCAAUCUUAAAGAAUUGGAUAUUGGAUUUACGACUAUAAGGACUUUACCUUUGCCUCACAUGUUUGAUAAUCUCGAAAAAUUGAGUCUGUCUUCAUGCUCCACUUUAUCGGAGGAAAGUUUAUCAAAGUUUUUACUGGAAAUACCAGUAUCAAUCAGAUAUUUGGAUUUGUCUAGACUCGAUCAAAUUCCAUUUUCAUCAUUAUGGAAUUUGAAAGUCAUACAUCAGAUUGAAGGAGAAGAAAGAUGUGUACCGACGGAUCUGGAAGAGGUUAAAGUUGUCGGAAUUGAUCAUCUGACAAGAAGGGAUGUUAGAAGCUUGAAACAGUGGUGGGAAACUCAAAGAAGAGACUGUAUAAGAUUGUCAUUUGUGGAAGAAAGAGAAAUGGAAGUGAACGAAGUCGACUGGAGGAAAAGGGAUCCGAGAACACCUGAAUUGGUUAGACCUUCUUUGAGCACGUCGGAAGGCAGGUUAUCCUCCUCAUCGUCUUCACAAUCGUCGAUUUCCUCUUCGAGCUGGGACGAGAUCCGUACACCCCCAGAGUUUUCUCCAAUGCGAUUUCGCACAUCUCCUUCGAUGGUAUCACGGAAGUUCAAUCUACCAAAUCAGCACAUUUCUCUUCAAUCACUUUCUUCGUCCCCUUCCCCUCAUAAUUUAUCACAAACACCAUACACCGCCCCAUCAAAUAUCACUAGCUCAAGAGGUAGAGGGAGAUGUAAGAACGAGGAUGAAGAAAACGAGCACCAGAAUAUCUCCAUCAACAUAGUACAUUCUGCUAUACUGGAAAGUGAGGAUGAAGAUGGUUAUAGAAGAUUCAUAGGUGAGGUCGUUGGUGGUACACUAAGUUUAGAUGAGGAUCUCGAUGGAGAUCAGAGGGAACUGCAUCCUGCACAUGAUAGCAGAAGGUAUGUUGAAGUGGAUCUUUAG